AUGUCUUACUUUGAGACAAUCACAGACAUUGCUGCCUUCGAGGGCCAGCGUAGCGCGGGGGCCAAGCACAUCAACCAGUGGAAGGACAUCCCGCACGGCAGCAAAUGGUCGGCCACCGAGCUCCGUGCGGCACGCCUCCUAGUCCGCAAGGGAACAAAUGAGUCAAACCACAUGUUACCCGCCCUUCGGAGUGGGUUUGAGAAGGGCAUGGAGGACGCUCGUAACCAGGAAAAGAUUCAGGACCUCUUAGAGGGGCUUGACUAUCUGGAUCCGGAUCUUACCUCGACAGAGGACUGUCACCGAUAUGGAACAGGUCUCAGGAACCUGUGGGCUGACCUAGCGCACUAUGGCGACAUUGAUGGGGUCGACAACCCCGGCUACGUCGUUCCGUCCUCCGUCUCUAAGCUCAACGCGGAACAAGCCACGGUCAGGAUCGCGUCAUCCUUCAUCCAGACCGUCGUGUGGUCUUGCCCGCCGCAACACGAUACGUACCGUGGUGUUAAACCCGCCCACUUGGUCGAUUUCUCGCAACUGCCCCUCGAACUGGCCGCGCGGACCGGCACCGGGGCAAAGAUGCGCGCUACCGCCGACAGCCAGCUAAUCUCGUAUAGACUCGGCGGAAACAACGUCUACAACCGCGACCACAUGCAUUGCCCGGCUCUCGAUGGGCUGCCGGUGGUGACGGACAGCAUCCUCGGCCAGCUAACGUGCGAGGCCCUGGCGCUGCGUCUCAGCCUGACGGCCCGAGCGGGCGAAGAUGAUCGGCCAGAUGAGGAUGUCUUUGUCAUCGCGGCUGCGGGAAAAUACAUGCGUUUCCUCCAAUUCAAAAUCUCGGACGCUUACGUCUCAGAGCUGGUUGCUGGCGACGGAGAGAGAGAGAUGACGAACUUUGUCGAGCUCUGGGCUACGCCGUAG